CUCGUGAAAAGUCGCAGUGAAUUCCGAAGAGUAUAACUAAAAGCUGAGAGAAUUAUCGGUCUGUGUUGAGAGACCGUCGUCAGUAGUUACUAACCUUGUGAUGUUGAUUUUUUUCUAUUCUCAGGAGCUGACGGAAGGCAUGGGGUUCUCUCUGAUUCGGGCAGAGAAAGCGUUGUAUUACUCGGAUAACGUUGGGGUGGAGAACGCAAUUCAGUGGCUCACUGAGCACGAGAAUGAUGUGGAUAUUGAUAAACCAUUGCCCGCACCUAAGUCGCAGUUAUCGGCGGAGGAGGCGAAGGUGAAGGCGAUGGAGCUCCAGAAGAAAUUGCGGGAGGACAGGAUGGAGAGAGAGAAGAGGGAGGCUCGAGAGAAGGAGAAGGCACGGAUCGAGAAUACUAAGUUGAUGCAGGAGACGCAGGCCCAUUUGGCAGAGGAGAAAAGGAAGCGAGAGAUGGAGGAGUUGCAGAGGGAGCGAGAGGAUCAUGCGAGGCAUCGACAAGAGUUACGUGAGAAGAUGAUAGAAGAUUAUCGCAGGCGAUUUGGAAGGGACCCGCCGGCGGACUAUUUUGAAAAGACUACGGAUGUGAGUCAGAUGAAGCCGAAGGAGGCGAUAGCUUAUCACUUGAGGAACCUCAAAAAGGAAAAUAAGGAGAAUAACUUGAAGGGAUUGAUGACGUGUUUGAAGACCCUACGAGUGUAUCUACAGAAUGCGCACGACCAUCCGACUGAGGAAAAAUACCACAAAAUCAACAAAUCGAAUAAGGCGUUUGUGGAGAGGGUGUCCUCGUUCGAGGAGGCAAUAGAAAUUCUGGAGCAAUGCGGCUUUACGGAUACUGGUGCUUCAUUGGAGAUCACCAACUCAGUGGCUGACACAUGGCUGUGCGCCCAAGCGGUGAAGUUCAUCGAUGUUACUAUGCAACAGUUGCAAUGA